ACGGAUUCCACGGAUUCCACGGAUGGGUCAAUGCACUCAACCUGACCUGAUGGAUCCUGAAUGAUCCUGAUGGCCUCCGAGCCGCUGCUGAGUCUGGGUCAUCCUAAAGAGAACUUGAUUGUUUUUUAUUGGAACCUCCGGGAGUGCUUUGGCAAUGACCUCCAUUUCGCCACGUUCGAAGGCAACAAGGAGAAGGUCGUGAAGCUGUUGAAAGCGGAUCCCACCUUGGUGGAGUCCCGUUUCACCUAUCAAGUUUCAGCCAAUGAGGAGGGCAGUGGCCAGGCCAUCCACUUAGCUGCCUCACGGGGGCACUUGGACGUCGUGAAGGAACUGUUGGCGCACGGCGCUUCACUGGCUGCCUUUGUGACUCGAAAUGGUCGACCUUUCUACGAUGUCUUGCACGCUGCCAUCAUUGCUGAAGGCAGGGGUGGAGAGGACCAUGUGAUCAAAUUCCUACUUCCAAAGGUGCAGUUGGGACGAACUUGCGAUGGGAAGCACCCUCUCCACUUGGCCUUCGUUAUGGGAAAGCCGUCACUGGUUUGCUUAAUUCGUUCUUGGAUGGAAAAGACGGAUGACAAGAGCAGUGAACCGCAGUGGGCAGACUCCCAGAGCGCAGUGACGGCUCCUUUGCGUCUUGGCAUCCAAGGGAUGAAGAUGACGUUGAGGGAACUCAUUCUAUGCGCAGAUGCUUCGGUGCUAUCCUUGAGAAUUUUCAUGGAAGACUCGCCAAGAGCGGUGCCGCUCUUUCUGAAGCGUUUAGACAACCUCGGGAUGCUGAGGAAGGUGGUGGAUGAUGCUCAGAUCACCAGCUUCGAUGUGGCCAAUUUACUGAGACGUUCCCCAGAUGCAGCGUUGAGCAUCCUGGAUGCUUCCACGGUGACCCCGGCAUCUCACAGCGACUAUCCCUUGCCAGCGGAGAUAAGCUUCGAACCCAGGGACGUUCCGCAGAUGGUGUGGAAUUUGGUGAAUCGUGGCCGAAAGGAUGCAGAAGUUCUCACAUUUCUGGAGGAGGACAACGAAUGGGCCUAUGAUUUCGUCCGGCAUCGCGGACCUCCUUGGCAUGACUGGCUGAAAUACAAGGGCGGAGAGACCUUGGAGGCUAAGAUCCAGGUCUGUCUCAUUCCUGACAUCAUGACACCACAAGUCUUCUCAUCGUUGGCAGCGCAAGAAACUGACAUGAAGGUUUUUGAAAAUCCCACCAUCGCAAAUAUGAUAGUUCAUGUGUUUGAGCACCAUGCGGGCAAGAUUCCCUUGGUGCGAUCCGUGAUGAGUCUGUGGGCAUUGGCUCUACUUUGUCUCCACAGUUGGUCCAUGCGACACCUAGAACCGGGGGAUGAUUUGCCUCAAAUUGCAUCGAUUGCUGUACGUUUCCUGGCAGCAGAGGGUGUGGUGGACGUGCUCUGGGAAUUCUUGGAAUUCUGCGGUUGGGCAGCUAUUGGCGAGCCUUGGCAGUACUUCAGCAUGGACAACUUCCUGGAUUGGUUGGGAGCAUUUGUCCCAUCCUAUCUUUGGUGGGACCCCACCUUUCGUCCUGUACUGGUUGUCACCAUCCUGCUAUGCUGGGUGCGUCUGCUGCGGGUAGCCAGCUGUUGUGAGCCCAUUGGCCGUGAACUGCAACCAUUCACGCGGCUGCUCAAAGGAUUGGGCCCCGUGCUGUACAUCUCAGGCGUUGCCUUCGGGGCUUGGAGCCAUGCUUUCUUCUCCCUCCAAGGAGGUUCUUUGGACCUCUCAGUCUACAACAGCUUCGUCACUCUCAUCACUGCAGGGCUGCCCGGCGAACCCAAUACGGAUCCACUAGAGGCAGCCUUGCUGUAUUUGGCUGUGACGGUCUUCACAGUGGUGAUUUUGAACAUUUUCAUUGGUGUCAUCGGCGAGGAAUAUUCCCGUCUCAAAGAGGAGAGUCCCUUGCUGUUCCGGCAGCAGCGUGCUCGGAUGUGCUUGCACUACGUGCUGCGCAAGCCGCACUUCCGAUGCAACUUGUGUUCACCAAAUCUGGCUGAUCUGGGUGUUGUCCUGGCAGUUGCGGUGGGCAUAGCGAUACAAGUCUACUCUGCUCAUCAAGGUGGCUACUUUCUUUCGGAGGGGGAAGGGUUUGUCUAUGUUAUUUUGCUAGCCUUUAUGCAUGCCAUGUCGAUGCAAAGUUACACACUGCUGCCGGACGGAUGUUCAGCCAAAGGCAGGUUUCUCUGGUUUUUCUGCCCCGCUUCUCGAAGCAUGGAAGACACUGACCUGGAGGAAUUUACCUUUGAUUUCGAUGAUUCAACGUUGACAUGAUGUGAAUAGACGAGAAUAGACAUGAAAGAAUCAUGAAUGUACACAACUCUCGCAAAGACAUGUGUCAAGUGCGACUUCAUUUCGGAGCAGGUUCAAACUCCGCUCUCGCUCUUUUGAAAUCUUCCUGGGCCAAAGAGCCUCAGCCGAAAGAAUUGUGUCUGAAUACCGACAACUCGGGCGCAAAGCAA